AGUAGUUACCUGCCACAUUUCACGCCUCCAUUAUAACUCCACGAUCUAGGUCAAUUUUGCAAUUUUGAAUAAAAACAAUGUCAAAAACUGUUCCCAUAGGAAAUGCUUCGGGGAUUAUUCCUGUGGUAGGAUUAGGAACUUGGACGGUGUUUGGGCAACAGGGUAAUUCUGAUGAGGUUGAGCGAGCUACCCUGGCGGCCAUUGAUGCAGGAUACCGCCAUAUUGAUUGCGCGUGGAACUAUGGGACACAGCCUGGAGUGGGCAAGGCGCUUGAAGCGAAAAUCAAGGAAGGCGUCAUUAAACGGGAGGAUAUGUUUCUGACAACAAAGUUAUGGGACACGCACCACAACCCCUGCCUAGUUAUUGAAGAGCUGAGGGAUUCCCUGAGACAGCUCAAAACGGACUAUGUCGACCUGUUUCUGAUCCACUGGCCAACGGCUCUGAAGGACCAGGACAUGAGCGGAGAAACUAUUUGUCCUCUGGACGAAAACGGAAAGGGAAUACCCGCCGACCACAAAUUGGAAGACGUGUGGAAGGCGGUUGAGGAAUGUCAAAAGGCAGGUUUGACAAAGCACAUCGGGCUAUCUAACUUCAACAAGAGCCAAGUGACUAGAAUACUGAAUAGUUGUUCCAUCAGACCGGUCGCUUCUCAGGUUGAAGUAUCCCCUUACUUCUCUAACAGACCUAUUCUGGACUUCUGCAAGGAAAAGGGAAUGACUCUUACAGCAUAUGCGCCCCUUGGGGCUCCAAAUAGACCUUGGCAUGAAAGUGGCCAACCAGGGCCAGUAUUUGAUGAACCGAUUCUAAAGGAGAUCUCUGCUAGUAAAGGAAAGUCCAUUCCACAGGUUAUUCUUAGGUUCCACAUCCAACGUGGACUGGUGGUUAUCCCGAAAAGCAUCACGCCAUCCAGAAUCAAGGAAAAUAUUGAUGUUUUUGACUUCCAACUAUCAGAAGAAGAAAUGACCAAAAUUGCAUCGUUGGACAGGAAUUUCCGAGCGUUUGCAGAACCAAUAGCAUCAAACCACAGAGAGUACCCAUUUAAUGAUGAUUCGUAAACACAUGUGUUGACCGAUUGUGUAUACUAUAACUACACCGAUAUCAUAAAUAGUUGAAUUUAAGGGCGAUGCUGAUAGGACUUCAACUUUAAUUUCAUAAACCCCAUUGCCAGAUUUGAAAUAAAAGUGGAAGUUGUCU